AUGGAUCCGCCAGGCCUGGCCAAGCGGCAGUGUCUGUGGCGCCCCUGUCUGGCGGGGCUGCUGUUGCAGCUACUUUUGGUGGUGUGCUUCUUCUCUUACCAGCGCGUGUCUCGAGACGGGACAACGUCCACCAAUGGGUCCUGCUGCCAGGCCACCUCAGGGGCCCGUGCCCGCCCGCCCCUCCUCAUCCUGCUGUGGACGUGGCCUUUCAACAGUCCUGUGUCUCUGUCCCGCUGCUCCGAGAUGCUGCCCGGUGCGGCCGACUGUCACCUGUCUGCCGACCGCAGCGUGUACCCGCAGGCGCACGGGGUCAUCGUGCAUCACCGGGAUGUCAUGUACAGUCCCACGACCCAGCUCCCGCCGUCCCCGAGGCCACCGGGGCAGCGCUGGGUCUGGUUUAACAUGGAGUCACCCACCAACUCCUGGCACCUGCAAGCCAUGGACGGACGCUUCAACCUGACCAUGUCCUACCGCAGCGACUCCGACAUCUUCGUGCCCUACGGCUGGCUCGAGCCGUGGCCCGGCCAGCCUGCCCAUGCCGUGGUCAACCUCUCGGCCAAGACCGAGCUGGCGGCCUGGGUGGUGUCCAACUGGAGGCCGGACUCGGCCAGGGUGCGGUACUACCAGGCGCUGCAGAUGCAUCUCAAGGUGGACGUGUACGGAAGAAACCACAAGCCACUGCCCCAGAGCGGCAUGGCGCAGCUGCUGGCCCGGUACAAGUUCUACCUGGCCUUCGAGAACUCCCAGCACCGGGACUACAUCACAGAGAAGCUGUGGAGGAACGCCAUGGACGCCUGGGCCGUGCCCGUGGUGCUGGGCCCCGGCCGGGACAACUACGAGCGCUUCCUGCCCCCCGACGCCUUCAUCCACGUGGACGACUUCCGGAGCCCCCGCGACCUGGCCCGCUACCUGCAGGUGCUGGACAAGGACCAGACGCGCUACCUCGGCUACUUCCGCUGGCGGGAGGCGCUGCGGCCACGAGCCUUCAGCUGGGCGCUGGCUUUCUGCAAGGCCUGCUGGCAGCUGCAGCAGGAGUCCCGGUACCAGACGGUGCCCAGCCUGGCCUCCUGGUUCACGUGA